UCGGACAAAUAGUUGUUGGUCGUAGUUGUCACAGGCUUGUUACCAGCGGCCAUCUGGCUCUUCUCUCCCCUAGUCCCCUUCUUUCUUUAUCAUCCUUGCUUCAACGGGUUUCUUUCCUCAGGAGUCAGGAGUCAGGAGUCAGGAAUCAGGACCCGCAAAAGUAUCUGAUAUUCCACUAAACUCCCCAGUUAUUCCCUCAAAAAUCCUCACUUCUUCUUUCCAUCUCUUCUGCUUUAUUUUCUAGGGUUAGGGUUUGACUUCGGACUUCGAUUUCUUGUUCGUAUUUCUUUUGAAGUCGCCUAAUGGAGUUCAAAUCUUAAUUCCAAGUUAAUUCUUGUUUUCUCUCAAACCAAUGAUGAUCUGAGGUUGAAAUUUCGGGUAAUUAUUUGCUUUUAGUCGUCCAUAUUGGAGUUCCGGAAACAAUGGCGUCAGAGUUACAGAUGAGCCCUCAGCUGGAGCAGAUCGAUGGCGAGAUUCAUGACAAUUUUCGUGCUCUCGCAAAUGGCUUUCAGAAGCUGGAUAAGAUCAAAGACCCCAAUCGGCAAAGUAAACAGUUGGAAGAACUCACAGGAAAGAUGAGGGAGUGUAAACGGUUGAUCAAAGAGUUUGAUCGUGAACUUAAAGAUGAGGAGAGUGGGAAUUCUCCAGAGAUAAAUAAGCAACUCAAUGAGAGAAAACAAUCCCUGAUCAAAGAACUAAAUUCAUAUGUUGCCUUGAGGAAAACGUAUAUGAGUAGCCUUGGUAAUAAAAGAGUUGAACUCUUUGAUAUGGGGCCAGGAGGUAGUGACCCUGCAGCUGAGGACAAUGUUCAAAUGGCAUCAUCAAUGUCCAAUCAAGAGCUUAUUAAUGCUGGGAGGAAGACAAUGGAUGAGACUGAUCAGGCUAUUGAACGAUCAAAACAGGUUGUAGAGAAAACGGUUGAAGUGGGAACUCAGACUGCAGUGACUUUGAAGGGCCAAACUGAACAAAUGGGCCGCAUUGUAAAUGACCUAGAUACAAUUCAAUUUUCAAUCAAGAAAGCUUCCAAGCUAGUGAAGGAGAUUGGUAGGCAGGUGGCUACUGACAGGUGCAUUAUGUUUUUUCUAUUUAUCAUUGUCUGUGGAGUUAUAGCUAUCAUCAUCGUAAAGAUUGUAAACCCAAACAACAAAAGCAUCAGGGACAUCCCUGGGUUGGCACCUCCAGCUCCAGCAAGAAGGUUAUUGUCUGUUCAAUCUACAAGACUCCUCGAGUAGCGUCGUUGUUUCGGAAGGCGAUCCUUGUAUCCCCAACCAUGAUAUGAUCCAUGCAUGGAAAAAAGUGGGAGCACCACUAUGUUGGAGGGUGUUUACUGGGUUUUUGCUUAUUCAUUCUUGUUUGCUGAGUUGUUCAUAAUCCUGAUUUUUGAUUCUUUAUAUCUGUGCAAAUCGAAUUCUGAGAUGACCGCUUUUUCCCCCACUCGGCCUUUGGCAUGAGAUUGAUUGUCACUGUAAAGCUUCCGGGCUUUCUGCAUCUAGUGCAAAUAGAACCCCUGUGAUUUGUACAUGCAGUGAGGAGAUGCUUUUGCAGGAGAAACGUGAAAUUUGUGUGUUUUAAGUGCUGGAAUCGAGGAUAGUCCCUGCCCCAAUUUUUUGUAUGUAGAAAAAUAUUGGAGUGACAUCUUACA